AUGAGUACUGCCGCCGAUCUGCCCUCCACCGGCCCUGGGCUUCGGCUUCGGCAGCCUGGGGUCGAGUCGUUGGCCGAUCAAGACAAGCUCCCCUCACAACCAGGGCACAGUCGCGAGUCGUCAGAUGCCAAUGCCGAUGCCAAUGUGUCAUCCGACAAGGCAAGCAAGACGUAUGGACGAACCCCGGACGGCACAGUCUUCAUUGUCCCCACCACUCAUGACAUGGUUUCUCAACUUCUUGAUCCUCGACAGCCAAAGAACUUUUCUGAUGCAAUUGUCUUGACUAUUCUUGGUCUUCACAUCUUGGCUGCCUAUUUCCUUCCCUCUGCCUGGAAGCGCAUUGUCUUUGCUUUUGUCUUUCUCUUUUGGCGAGCCUCCUACAACAUCGGAAUUGGCGUUCUCCUUCAGAUUCAGUCAAACCAUCGCCGUCUCGUCACCUGGGCUCGUCGCUGGAAGCUCUUUGAGAACCCAGCAACCGGCAAGAACCCCCGACCAUGGCUCUACAACCUGCUCAAGCACGAGCUCGAGGCAAAGAUUGAGGAAGAUUACGAGUUCGAAAAGGCCCCCAUUGAGUACAACACAUGGCUGGUCUUCCGGAGGGUAGUUGACUUGAUCCUCAUGUGUGAUUUCGUGUCCUACUGCCUCUUUGCAAUCGUCUGUGGUCACAGCCCCGAGGGUGAGAACCCUCUGAUCGGCUUCUCUCGAUGGGCCAUUGGCAUCUCUCUCAUCGGCUUCAACCUCUGGGUCAAGCUGGAUGCUCACCGCGUCGUCAAGGAUUUUGCCUGGUACUGGGGAGAUUUCUUCUACCUCAUCGACCAGGACUUGACCUUUGACGGUGUCUUUGAGAUGGCUCCCCACCCCAUGUACUCGAUCGGCUAUGCGGGUUACUAUGGCAUCUCCAUGAUGGCCGCCAGCUACGAGGUGCUCUUCAUCUCCAUCCUCGCUCAUUUGGCCCAGUUCGCCUUCCUCGUGAUUGUUGAGAACCCUCACAUUGAGAAGACCUACAACCCUCCGCCCCCUCGCAAGCGAACUGCCUCUGAGAGCCAAGGUGAUGUUGUGCCUGCCGAUAUCAAGUCGCUUGAAGGCGCAUUCGACCAGCAGACUCUUGCUCCUACACAGAAGGAAUCGCCCGCUCCGGUCCACAACCUCGUUGGCUUGAACAACAUUGACCUGUUCCGAGUCCCUGACUUUACCGUCAUUGUUCUGCCAUCCUAUGUAGCUGUCCUCACCUUUGUGACGCCCUCAACUCCCGUCUGGCAAGCCAUCUUUGUCCUCCACGCACUGGCGUGGCGCGUUUGGUAUCAUCUCGGCCUCGGCCUCAUCCUGGAUAAGCAGUCAAAGACCAAGAUGUGGACGCGUCACUUCCUCAAGUUCGGCGAGAGUGCUGGCGAGGCAUGGCGUCAGUGGAAGGGCCUUCACCACAUCAGUAUGAUCAUGUGCAACACCGCCUUCAUUGCUGCGUGUUGGAAGAUGUACUCCCCCCCUGAGGACUGGGCCUACGGCUUGGUGAUGCUCAAGCACGUUCUCGGUGCCGGACUGGUGGCCCUCCAGCUGUGGACUGCCUUUAGCGUCUAUGACUCCCUUGGCGAGUUCGGAUGGUUCUGCGGUGACUUCUUCUUUGACCAGCAGGCUAAGCUGACCUACAAGUCCAUCUACCGAUUCCUCAACAACCCUGACCGAUUCUUUGGAACUGCUGGUGUCUGGGGCGCUGCGCUCAUCACCUGGAGCCGAUCCAUCUUCCUCAUGGCCCUGGUGACCCAGAUCCUGACCGUCUUCUACAUCUCGUAUAUCGAGCGACCGCACAUGCAAAAGAUCUACGGCCGGAGCCUUCGCAGAGAGGCGGGACUUACCAAGUUCAUCAAGCGCUCGCUUCCCCCACCCGUCAAGGGAUGGCAGGAGAGCGUCGACAAGGUGCUGGACGAUACUACUCAAUUUGUCGAAGACUUCCUCGAUACUGCUCGACCCAAGUUUGCGGCUGGUGUCAAGACUAUUGUCAGGGACACUUCAGCGCUGUUCAACAUGGCUCCCGCCCGACUCACCAUCACACGAAUCGCUCCCGACUUGCAAGGCCACGAUCCCAAGCUGUAUUCGCUCUCAGUGCAGGGCACGCCCUCGAUGAGUGCCUCUAUUGACGAGAAGUUCACUGGAAAGGAGAGUUUGACCGGCAGAUUCCCCAAGCAAGUCAAGACUAUGAGCUACGAGUACGGCGCGCCUCUUCGAGUCAAGUGGAGGGCGCCCGCGGGCCACAGCAAGAAGGACUGGAUCGGCCUUUACAUGGUCACGGACAACCGUUCUAGGGAAACGACUGAGGUGCCAUCUUUGGGACGCUGGGCACCCACAAAUGCUGGCGUUUAUGACUCGUUGACGGCCGACGUUAGCAUUGCUGUGGAAGAGCAUCCUGUUUCGACAACCGAGGCGACCGAGACCAACAUGGUGGAAGGCGAGGUUGAAUUCCGAGGAGACAAGCUGUGGUGGACACAAGGUGUUUUCGAAUUCCGAUACCACCAUGAUGGGCACCACACUGCUCUCAGCAUUUCUGAGCCCUUCGAGAUCCGUAUCAGCAAAUUUGACGAGGAAGACGUUGAUGUCGGUGCCAAGGGACUGUACGAGCAGGCAGUCGAGUCAGCUCUUCUACCCGUCGUUCAGAACUGCCUGGACCGCGAUCCUGAUAUUGCGCCUAACCAGCCUGAGGAACCAUUUGGUGGCCACGUUGAGCGAGACACCAAGUACGCCAAGAGAAUUGUUUAUGCGAUCCGAGAAAUGUUUGGCAUCGAGUUUGCACCACCUGUCGUGGCUGCGGACGGAAGUGUGAGGAAACUUGCAUGGAGAGUCUGCAACGCAAAGGAAGUUUUGGCACCUUACAGCAUGUCCCGCUCAAGAGGAACCACUACGCCUGCAAUCCAAGAUUUCCCUGCCGAGAAGGCCUGA